UUAAAUUAAAGUAUAAUAAAUAAAUCACACGAAAUACUGGAUGUAAAUUUUAAAAAAUCACUAUAUUUUCACCUCAGACACGCUAUGAAAUCAAUAACAAUUCUGUUCUUUGCUUUUGUUAACUUCGAUCUCUCAAUGAUGGAGGAAAUUGAAUGCACUGGGCCAAACUGUGAACAAAUCGUUUCUAUGCCUUUGUUAGAUAAAAUGGAAGCUACUCUAAAGGCUGACUUAGAUAUAAGGAAACUUAAUAAGUUUAUAAAAAGUUAUAUUCACAAAGUAGUUAAAGAAGAAAUUGAAAAUACUAUGCGAGCGGAUAUGUUUGAAAUAAUGAACGUGUCAAUGUCGAAAAUAAACAGACUUUUUGAUGACAGGACGAAUGAGAUGAAGAUUGACCUCGAUUCAAAGUUUGAUAAACUCAGGAAGGGAAAAGAAAUACAUAACAAGGAUAGUAUGGUUCUAUUGUGUACUAAAGGGCAAGGUGGCGUAGUAGCGGGUGGAUCAACAAUUCGUUUCCAGCAGGCGGCCCGUUCUACUGGCAUUUCAAGCACUGCUUUAAAUAAAUUCAAAGGGAACGGUAAAUUCGUUUGUGAAGCACAAGGGUUAUAUCUUGUUGCUGCCAAUAUCAUUACGGAAACAGACGGCGGAUGGUUUAAAAUAAUGAAAAACAAUGUAGAACUUAGCAGAACCUACAUAGCAUACCAUCGCGGAAAAGCUUCAGGAUGGCACAGCAGUACUGGUGUAACCUAUGUGAUGCUAAAUAAACUUGAUAAUGUGUAUAUUCAAGCCGGAACAACCAUGACUUUAGCUGGAGCCGAGACUACUCUCAACAUUAUAAAGAUUGGUUAAAAAGACAUUUCUAGCUACAAAGCUCUUAUUCAUUGUGUGCGGGUUUGGCAAUAUAUUUAGUCCGUUUGGUUUACUCAGCUUUUUGUUGUAAAACAUUAGGAUUUUAGAUAUGUUAUACCCUAUUUAUGGACAUUAUGUUUUCUGGUCUGUGAGUCCGUCUGGUCGUUUGUUCGUUUGUCCGUUAGUCCGUUAUUCCGUCCGUUCGACCGUCUGUCCCGCUUCAGGUGAAAGUUUUUGG